CGAGAGUCGCAUGCGGUGACUUCCGCCGAGACCCAGGUCGUGGACGGCGACAUGCUGCAGCAUGCGGCACGACGAGGUAUGGAGCCUGAUGAGCCCGGGUGCUACGUGAAGAUCUUGGCGACGAGCUGGUGCUCCAACCAGGAGCUGGUCGCGAAGUUCAGGGACUGGGUCCUCCAGACGGACCCCGCGUCGAGGAGGUCAGCCCACGGGUGCAGGGCCGUCGGGAACAGGCUGGACAUGUGGUGCAACCUCGGGUUUGGCACCGUUCAGACCAUGUUCAAGCCGGGACCUGCCCCUGUCGAUGUCGCCGCCGCCGACGAGAGGGCCGAGAGCGCCACAAUGAAACCAGACGCAGGAGAUGAGAAUCAUGCCGAACGGGAGCGCGAGGCCGUGGAGAAGGCCGAGGCGAGAACCGAGAGGCUGCCGGAACCGAAGGUGGAAGUGGAGGCGGAAGCUAAGGGGACAGCGGAGGCGGAGGCCAAGAGGCAAGCGGAGGAGGAAAUGCGGGCGGAAGCCAGGGAGCGGCAGGAGGACGAGCUGGCGGAGGCGGAGGUCGCAGCCAAGGCGCAUGCCGAGACGAAGGCGCGUGCGACGGCGGAAGCCGAGAGGCGAGCGGAGGAGGCGGCACAAGCGGAAGCCAGGAGGCAAGAGGAGCUGGAGGCGAGGAAAGCGAGUCUCGAGGCGGAGAAGGCGAAGCUCAAGGCUCAGAUCCAGGCGGAAGCCAGGAGGGCAGCGGCAGCGAAGGCCGAGGCCAAGAAGGCCGAGGCCGAGAGGAAGGCCGCCCAGGCCCAGGCUCAGGCGGCCGAGGCCGCGGAGCAGAGGGCCCAAGCCGAGGCGACCAAGGCCAGGAGGGAGGCGGCCGCGAAGGCCGAGGCCGAGGCCGAGGCCGAGGCGGCCCGGGCCAAGGCUCAGGCGGCCGACGCCGCAGCGCAGAGGGCCCAGGAAGAGGCGAAGGAGGCCGGAGCAAAGGCGGUGGCUACGGGCACCAGCUGCAGAGACCAGGAGCACGAGGCGAGAACGGCUUUCGGGAAGACCUGCUCCUUCUUCUCUCAGUUCCCCUACUCCUGCAACUACGCCGCCGACUACUACGACGACGGCGACUUCACCGCCCACGACCUGUGCUGCGCGUGCGGCGGCGGGAGCGGAGGCAGCUGAGCCGAGAGGUGAGUGCCGCGUCACGUGGCCCUGGGGGAAGAAGAGGGGAGGGGCUCGGACGGUCGGGGGAGCUUUGGCUCGGCGCUCGGCGCGCCGCUCCCCCCGUUCUGGCCCCACCGCGCCUCGGCGCGAGGCGCUAUCCCCGUCGCGGCCCCCGGGCGUCAGCGUUCCGAGCUCUUCCCGACCUCCCGCCCCGCGGAGCGGAGCGGCACGCUGUCCGCUUGCACAGUCGAUCCGCCUACGUAGUAAAUUUGCUGGCCGUAAUCCGAGUCUCGAUCAGCAUCGUGGAUCAGAGAUACGUUUGGUUGCUUUGACCACGAUAUCUCCGCGCGGCAUGUAUUGCCUUUUGCAGCGCCUCUCUCAAGAAAAAGUG